AGUCAUUGGCUCCCUGCGGUUUCCUUGGGGACGUGGCGCCGCCGCCCGCUCAGGCCUUUUUCCGGCUGGGCUUAAGGCCGCGGGGGGAAGCGCUUUGGACUCAGCGGAACGUUGCCGAGGGAGCCUGCGGGCCGCUCGACGCUGCAGACUUAGGAGAUGCCUGAGACAAGGAGACCAGUUUCUCAGGGCAAAAAGAAAAGGAGGUGACAGGCACUGAGACCACUGAAGGGAUCCCAUGGCUAGGAUCAGUUUUUCCUACCUCUGCCCAGCCUCCUGGUACUUCACUGUGCCCACAGUGAGCCCAUUUCCACGUCAGCGGUUGGCAUUCCUAGGACUCUUCUUCAUAUCCUGUCUCCUUUUACUUAUGUUAAUCAUGGACUUUCGACGUUGGGGUGCUUCAUUACCACGAGAUAGGCAAUAUGAAAGGUAUUUGGCUCGAGUAGGGGAGCUUGAAGCAACUGACACUGAAGACCUGACUCUAAAUUAUGGCCUUGUUGUGGACUGUGGCAGCAGUGGCUCCCGGAUUUUUGUUUAUUUCUGGCCAAGACAUAAUGGCAACCCCCAUGAUUUGCUGGACAUCAAACAGAUGAGAGACCGCAACAGCCAACCAGUUGUUAAAAAAAUCAAGCCAGGAAUCUCUGCAAUGGCAGACACCCCAGAACAUGCCAGUGAUUACCUUCGUCCUCUGCUGAGCUUUGCUGCUGCCCAUGUGCCUGUGAAGAAGCACAAGGAGACACCCCUUUACAUCCUAUGCACAGCAGGCAUGCGGCUUCUCCCUGAGAGAAAGCAGCUGGCCAUCUUGGCUGAUCUAGUGAGAGAUUUACCACUGGAGUUUGACUUCCUCUUUUCCCAGUCUCAGGCAGAAGUGAUCUCUGGGAAGCAGGAAGGAGUUUAUGCAUGGAUUGGAAUCAACUUUGUUUUGGGAAGAUUUGACCAUGAGGAUGAAUCCGAUGCCGAGGCCCCUCAGGAAUUGGCAGCAGGGCGCAGAAGGACAGUAGGGAUACUGGAUAUGGGAGGAGCCUCUCUUCAAAUUGCUUAUGAAGUUCCUACCUCAACCUCUGUCCUUCCUCCAAAACAGGAAGAAGCAGCAAAGAUCCUGUUGGCUGAAUUCAACCUGGGCUGCGAUGUGCAACAUACUGAACACGUGUAUAGGGUUUAUGUCACGACCUUCCUGGGUUUUGGGGGCAACUUUGCCCGGCAGCGCUAUGAAGACCUUGUGCUGAAUGAAACCCUUACCAAAAAUAGGUUGCUGGGCCAGAAGACUGGUCUGAGUCCCGACAAUCCAUUUCUGGAUCCCUGCCUGCCUGUGGGCCUCACAGAUGUGGUGGAGAGGAACAGCCAGGUGCUGCACAUCCGAGGAAGAGGAGACUGGGCCUCUUGCGGGGCGAUGCUGAGCCCCCUGCUGGCUCGCUCCAACACCAGCCAGGCCUCGCUGAAUGGCAUCUACCAGUCGCCAAUUGACUUCAACAACAGCGAGUUCUACGGUUUCUCUGAGUUUUUUUACUGUACAGAGGAUGUGUUACGCAUUGGUGGCCACUAUCACGGGCCAACGUUUGCCAAGGCUGCCCAGGAUUACUGUGGCAUGGCCUGGUCAGUACUAACUCAGAGAUUCAAGAAUGGCCUCUUUUCAUCACAUGCAGAUGAGCAUCGACUCAAAUAUCAGUGUUUUAAAUCGGCUUGGAUGUACCAAGUCCUUCAUGAAGGAUUCCACUUUCCCUAUGACUACCCGCACCUGCAGACAGCCCAGCUGGUAUAUGACCGAGAGGUUCAGUGGACACUGGGAGCCAUUCUGUAUAAAACACGAUUCUUACCACUCAGGGAUCUGCGGCAAGAAGGUGUUCGGCAGGCCCAUGGCGGCUGGUUCCGCCUCUCCUUUGUCUACAACCACUAUCUCUUCUUCGCCUGUAUCCUGGUGGUGCUACUGGCCAUCAUCCUGUACCUUCUGCGGCUACGCCGAAUUCACCACCGACAAACUCGAACCUCGGCUCCACUGGACUUGCUGUGGAUUGAGGAGGUGGUGCCCAUGAUUGGGGUACAGGUAGGGCCGUGAGGCCGGACAAGGACUUGGGGAGCUUGAAUACCCCAGAGUUGCUGCCCAUUGAAUUCCACCACUCUCUUGUACUGGCCUCAGAUGCUGCUCUGCCUGACCUUGGGAUAUUUGGCCUUGGAAUUUCUACCUUAAUAUCUACUUUAAUUCCUUUUCAAUAUCUAGGUCCUCUUCUCUGGGAGAAGCUGUAAUUUAGUCUGUGAAGAACUAAAUAAUGAGAGUUUGGUGCUAACAAAGAGGACCAACCUUAAUCCAGUUGAAGCAUGCUCCUACCCCUUUAUCCGAAAGGUCUGGUGUGGUCCUGGCAUCUAGAUUUUUCUCCCCUUGCUAAAGCAUGAAGUUUGGCAUUGGGCAAACUGGAAGCCUGGUUAUAACCAAACUGGAGCAUCUGAUAACAAAGCCGAAGACAUUCCAGCAAGUGCAGCAGCCCCUUCUUUCUCUGUAACAGAGAUAUCAUUUAUGUGGACAUCCACACCCUUUAGUAGGGAUCCAAGAUAUUUGCAUUUCAGUGGAACAGAUAUGAACUUCCAGGCAAACAAAAUAAGUUUCUUUGCUUACUUGACAAAGAAGUCAUUAUGAGUGUGGUCCAAGAUCCCUGACAUAAUGUUGCUGAUGUUAAUUAAUUAGCAUGUGAUUUUAAAAGGUUAGAAUCCCUUCUAAGUGAAUGAUCAGUCAAAGACUUUGACAAUAUCUUAUGUAAUACCUGGUAUGACCAGGAUAGAAAAUGUUUCUGUGUCUAUGUGCUUCACUGGCUGUUUGGGCAUUAAUUUUUCUUUUUGAGCCUUAAGUGUGUUUGUAGGAUGGAGAAACUGAUGGGAUUGGAGAUCUGGAUUUGUCUGGUUUUAAAUCACUGUCUCUAGGCCUAUUUUUAUGAGCCCCUUUACAGGAAAAUAUAAAAAGAGUUCCUUUAUUUCACUAAGAUCAAUACAUAGUUUGGGAAGUCAUAUAUUUGGGUUGUUUUUAAAGAAGGAAAGAACAGUAUCAGGAGAGUGGGCAAAGGCAAUAAAACCCAGGCUCUUAUUUAUU